GUAGAUAAUCUCAAAUUCAAAUCAGUUAACGACAUCCUUCAAGUACCAAGUACAUGUCUGUCAACGGAGCGCCGAACAUUAGUACCUACCUAUAAAGAUUGUUAUUAUUUUCUGUUGAAUAUACUUUUAAGAGGCAUAAGCGUAUGAAGAUUUCUUAGAAAUCGGAACACAAGCAGCGUGGCGUCGGAUUACAUUGAGGCAUGGUGAAAGACGUUGUUUAUUCGAACUUCAACCUUCAAAUUUAUUCAUUCAUAUCGUAAAGCGUCGUCGUAGUGAACGUCUAUUUAGAAGAGCGUGUUUGGAGCCCAAAUAAAGUUUAUUAGUUUUAAAACUAAAUUGAAAAGCACAGAAGAGUAAUAUUAUUGUAUCUUAUGAUGGCAAACUUCGACCGAGAUGGAUUCGCUCAAGUAUACACGGAUGGCGCCUGUGCUUCGAAUGGCAGGGAGGAUGCUCGGGCUGGCUACGGUGUAUAUUGGGGGGAUAACCACCCGCUGAACGCCAGCGAGCCGGUGUCUGGUCGGGCUACCAACAACUGUGGAGAGAUUCAGGCCGCCACACGUGCUAUAACCGACGCACAGAGGAAUGGCGUCGAAAAGAUUACCAUCAACACCGACUCGCGGUUUCUCAUCGAUUCUGCCACUAAAUGGAUGCCAGGUUGGAAACAAAAUGGCUGGACGACAGCGUCUGGUGCACCGGUUAAGAACCAGUCUGACUUUAGGGCAUUAGACAGAGCUCAAAACCAGGGCAACGUGCAGGUCCAGUGGAGACAUGUGCGAGCUCAUCAAGGGGAGUACGGCAACGAGAUGGCCGACCGAUUCGCUAAAGAAGGAGCCUCCAAAUACAAUCGUUAUAAUUAAAGCAAUCAGUCUCUACUUCUAAAGAUUCUUCAUUUUUUUGUCAUUCCAAAAAUAAAUGUUAGUCUAGUAAGGGUUUCCCUUAACCCUUUUUUUAUGCUUCUCACUUUUGUAUUUGUAUUUUUAAUUUCUUAUUAAUUAGGAAAUAGAUAAGUACAACUUUGGUUACAUUUAAAUUAAGAUUUGUUUUAGUUGCACUAUUAUUUAGUUUACAAAUAGCCAAGAAAAGCUAUUGAUAUUAUGUUAUCAACUUACUUAAAUUAAAGCAAAUAAACUUCUGUUUCAUAUCA